GGGGAAGCGGCAAGGGCCGGGCGCGUGCGGGAGUCGAGUCCCGGCGGCGGCGGCGGCGCGCGGAGGGGGGUGUGUCGGCGCCCAAAGGAGGGAGCCCUAUAAUGGCGGCCGGGCGGCGAGAGCGCGGCGGCGCUGAGAAUCCUUGACCUUGAAGAUGGUGAGUAGCCAGCCAAAGUACGAUCUAAUACGGGAGGUUGGUCGUGGUAGUUACGGUGUGGUGUAUGAAGCAGUCGUCAGGAAGACCUCUGCGCGGGUUGCAGUGAAAAAAAUUCGGUGUCAUGCUCCAGAGAAUGUGGAACUAGCUCUACGUGAGUUCUGGGCACUGAGCAGUAUCAAGAGCCAGCAUCCAAAUGUUAUCCAUCUUGAGGAGUGCAUCUUGCAGAAAGAUGGUAUGGUGCAGAAGAUGUCCCAUGGUUCCAGUUCUUCCCUUUAUGUACAGCUUGUAGAGACCUCAUUAAAAGGAGAAAUAGCCUUUGAUCCCAGAAGCGCCUAUUACCUUUGGUUUGUGAUGGAUUUCUGUGAUGGAGGAGAUAUGAAUGAGUACCUGCUAUCCAGAAAGCCCAGCCGCAAGACCAACACCAGUUUCAUGCUUCAACUCAGCAGUGCCCUGGCUUUCCUUCACAAAAAUCAAAUUAUCCAUCGUGAUCUCAAACCUGACAACAUUCUGAUCUCACAAAGCAGAAUGGAUGCUAGUGACUUAGAACCCACUCUGAAAGUAGCUGAUUUUGGGUUAAGUAAGGUAUGUUCAGCCUUAGGACAGAACCCUGAAGAGCCUGUCAAUGUAAAUAAAUGUUUCCUUUCAACAGCAUGUGGGACUGAUUUCUACAUGGCCCCUGAAGUCUGGGAAGGACAUUAUACUGCAAAAGCAGACAUUUUUGCUUUGGGAAUUAUAAUUUGGGCAAUGUUAGAAAGGAUCACCUUCGUAGACACUGAGACUAAGAAAGAACUUUUGGGGAGCUAUGUGAAGCAAGGGACAGAGAUUGUGCCAGUUGGGGAGGCACUUCUAGAAAACCCCAAAAUGGAACUUCUCAUCCCUGUAAAGAAGAAAUCUAUGAAUGCCCGUAUGAAGCAGCUGAUUAAGGAAAUGCUGGCUGCCAACCCACAAGACCGUCCUGAUGCUUUUGAACUAGAACUCAGAUUAGUCAAAAUUGCUUUUAAAGACAGCAACUGGGACACGUGAUCUCAAAUACCCAUAAUCCUCUCAACAGAGCUGCUUCUGUUUUUUUAACAAUGGUGCAGCCUUGUGGCAACAAAAAACAAAACAAACCUGAACUGAGAACUUCAGGGUUUAGUUUUUACCAACUGAAUUUCUUUUGAUUUGCAUAAAUUAAAGUAAAUUUGAGUUGGCCAUUUUGUUAUAAAUACAUUUAUAUGUACAUUACCAAGAUGUUGUACUCAAGUGUGGAUGUAAAGAUGAUCAUUUAUAUAAGUUGUCCAAGAAAAUUCAUGCUUUGAGAUAUUCUUGCUUUCCAGAAAUAUGUUAUGGAAUAUUGCAGACAUUCCAGUUUCCUCUCACAGUAUUAGGAACUCCCAUGGAAGAGGAGGUUUGCAUGCUGGUAAUGCAACCCUUUGUGCUUUGUAAAGUAAACCUAUGUGUAUAUAUUUAUGCAUAUGUGAGUGACUGAGCGUGUGAGUUUGCAUUCCAUACAGAGAAAAUGCCACUUUUGUUUAAAUUAUUUGGUGUGAAUCUGGAUGAUUGCUUUUCAUUUAUUUUCCUCACAGAUCCCAUACUUUCCUCCUCACUCCCAAAUGAAUUGUUUUUUACAUUUUUAUUUUUAUAUCCUAUAAAUGUAAACAAAAAGGGCCUAAAACUUGACUUUAUAGACAAAUGCAAUGCAAAGGGAUCAGAAGAUUUAAAGGUGCUGAGAUGUUUCUUAGCUGAGCACUUACCACCUAGUAAGGUUGUAGCUGAGGGAAUCAAAUUACAGAUUUAUGCAAUCGUGCUAGCUUGUUCGUUAGAUCGUUAAUUAUUUAAUUUCAUUUUAUUUUGAUAACUGAAUACUCUAACACCUUAGGCUACAGUUUCCUAACAUGCCUGCACUUGUGCAUCUAUAAUCCAGUAGCAACUAGAGCACUUUCGGAAUGGUUAUUUUAUGAACUUGGUUUAUGAAAAUGUAGAUACUUGGUAGAGGAAUCCAGCAGAUAAAAUAAUACUCUCUCUUCCUCCUCCCCCUGCAAAAAGACUGAAACACAAUUUUUCUUUGCCCUUUUGUUUGUUACCCAGAUCUGUUAGUCACUUGUGCUUCCUUUCUUCUUGGCAUUGAUGCAGUUAUGUCACUUAAUGUGAUCAUGAUUUUCUUAAAUGGUGAGCAUCUCCAUUUUCAAAUGUGGGAGCGAAGUCAUAAAAUUCAAUGUGUGAAUGAAAUGUUGCAGCUUCAGUUGAACCUUUUACGUGGAAAACUUUAACCAAUCUUUGCAUUGUUUCUCUACCUAUUAAGAGGUAGUGUUUUUUAUUCAUUUUGAUUUUUAAUCCUGGAUGGUAAAUCUAAAAGUUUUGAAAUAGUCAAGGCUUUUAAUCCAUCUUCACAAAAACUGAUUCAUAUGUUAAUGGAGAACUUCCAUGCAGAUGCAUUCUAGGGUAGACUGAAACUGCUUUGCAGUAGUGUCAUGAACACUAGCUCAGGUGCAUGAUCUUGCUUGCUUACCCUUUAAAUUAUCAUCAUUGGGGGAGGAGACCUGAGACUAAAGUUACUCAUCCAAAUGUCAUGUCUAAUUGGUGAGUAAAAUCUUAAAGUUGCAGUGGGCUUUUAAACAACUUUUUUUACAAAACCAAGUUCACAAAAUUUUUAAAACUUUCAAAAUGAAAUACUUCUCAUUUGGGAUUAAACAUUCCCCUGGAAUGCUUGCAAUCCAAACAUUACACCCUAGUGCUGCUGUGUGAACAUCAGAAAGUGAAACUGACCAGUCAAUGUUUACUGUCCCCAUGAAUGGAGUGAAGUGAAUGCUUAUGAAAUGAAAAGUACAGUUUGUGGCUCCUAAAACAAAAAGGGAAGGGACCAUGAAGCAGGGUUAUUGGUCACUUUUCUAAACAUUUAGGAAUUUGUAAGAGCCAAUUGUAUUCUGUCCUUGCACAGUGUAGUGUGGUGUAGAGGGUUAGCAGGGAACAAGGAACCCUGGAUUUUAUUUUUGACUUGCUUUGUCACCAUAGGCAAGUUAUUUAACUUCUGUGUCUCUCAAUGAGUAUACUUCCAUGUUUCAAAGGUGUAUUGUAUGGCUUAUUGGUUCUAAAGCAUUUAGAAAUCUGAAGAUGCUAUAGAAAUGCAAGAUGGCAGUAGAUUUCAGGAAAAGAUGAUGUAUUGUCGUGUUGAGAUGUUGAUAGAACACAUUGGGCCAGAACCUUAGCUGGUAUAAAUUGGCAUAGAUUUCAUUAGUGCUUUGCUGAUUUAUACUAACUGAAAAUUGGCCCCUGGUCAUCUUGAGCAGACUUAUCGUGAUGUCACCGUCUUUCUGGCAUGCGACUUUGUCUAUAAAGGUAAGGUUGGAAUUUAAACUUUAUAAUUAAUAAAUGGAACUUAUUGGAAGUCAUCUGUUCAUUCUGUUAAUGUUUUGUAAAUUGAAUCAGUACAUCAGAAGCCCCAGCUUGCCUUUAAAGACAAAGUCACAGUGCAAGGAGGAAGGUAAAGCUGUGACUGUGUGUUCAGUGUUACUGCACAAUGUAUUAGUAACAUUCCAACAUUGAAAAGUUGAUGCUUUGAGGGUUAUGUAAGAUGAAAGAUCGUGCCCUGCUAGAACGACAAACUCUUGAAGAUUUUAAAAAUAUCAAAAUACCAAAGCAGGGAUACUAAUCUGUUCACUAAUGUACCCUAAAUGUUGUUCUGUCUUGGAAUAAUAUUUAGCACUUACCUUUUGUGAAUCAUUUAAUCUCCUCUGAAACUCUUCAGAGGAGAACAGUGAACCUGCUUCUUAACUUUAGUUGAGAAAUUAAUUUAAAGUGAUAGUUAAUAGAUCAUACGGUAGAACUGUUGAUUUCCCAAAGUGUUUCUUUGCACUGAUUGCCACUUUAAAGGCUGGGGGUACCUAUAAGACCCUCGCAUGGUGCUUAGCCUAGUGGUGGUGGUGAAGCUGAGUUUUUUCAUUGGUUAACACUGAAUGAUAGUCCUUGAGGUCUGUGGUUUUUGUGUGAUUUUUGUUUGUUUUUUUUUUGGGGGGGGGGGGGUUUGAAUCUUUGUUGUAAAACCUUUGAUCAAACUAUUGUAGCAGCUACAAAAUAAUUCACCAGCAUGACACAAAAGUCAAGAUAUUCAUCAGCACUUCAGAAAGAAGACUUUCUAAUCUUUCUUUAAAAUUGUAAAAUAUAUUUUAUGAAGAAUUUAUAAAGGCAGAAAAUUAUUGUGUAAUUUAUUAAGUUCAUGACUGUUUUGAAAUAAAAUUAGAAUUUAAAUGAAA